AUGGGCAAACCCCGCGUCUCGUACUUCUACCACCCGGAGGAAGGCAACUUUUACUAUGGCCCGGGCCACCCCAUGAAGCCCCACCGGCUCAAGCUCGCCCACCACCUCGUGCUCAACUACGAUCUCUUCCGCAAGAUGGAAGUGUUUCAACCGCACUGGGCAUCACCGGAAGAAAUCAAGGCCUUCCACGCCGCCGACUAUGUCGAUUUUCUGCAGAAAGUGAGCCCGUCGACUGAAAAGUCGAUGCAGACCCAAGUCGACAAAUACAACAUGGGCGAGUUCUCCGACUGCCCGGUCUUUGAUGGCGUCUUCAACUUUAGUCAAAUCUCGGCCGGCGGCUCGUUGGACGCGGCGUACCGCCUCAACCAAGGACUGAGCGACAUUUGCAUCAACUGGGCCGGUGGGCUGCACCAUGCCAAGAAGGCCGAAGCGUCCGGCUUUUGCUACGUCAACGACAUCGUACUCGGUAUCCUCGAGCUCCUCAAGUACCACGCCCGCGUGCUCUACAUUGACAUUGACGUCCAUCACGGCGACGGCGUCGAAGAAGCGUUUUACGUCACAGACCGCGUCAUGACGGCGUCGUUCCACAAGUAUGGCGACUUCUUCCCUGGCACUGGCCACGUCAAGGAUGUCGGCGCCAAAGACGGCAAGUACCACGCUGUCAACGUCACGCUCAAGAGCGGCAUCGACGACGAGACGUACAUGUCCAUCUUCAAGCCCGUGAUCGAGAAGAUCAUGGAGACCUUCCGACCGGGUGCGGUCGUGCUGCAGUGCGGCGCCGACUCGCUGACCGGCGACCGACUGGGCAGCUUCAACCUGACGGUCAAGGGUCACGGCGAGUGCGUCCGGUUCGUCAAGAGCUUUGGGUUGCCCAUGAUGGUCGUGGGUGGCGGCGGCUACACCGUGCGCAACGUCAGCCGAGCGUGGGCGUACGAGACCUCGGUUGUCCUCGAAGAGCAAUACUACGCGCCGUCGUUCAAGCUCCAUUUGGACCCGAACCCGGAGCUUGAAAACUGCAAUCGCCGCACGUAUCUCGAAGACAUCAAGAUCAAGGUGUUUGAGCACCUGCGCAUGCUCAAGGGCGCGCCGAGCGUACAAAUGCAAGCGGUACCACCCGACUACAUGGCCCGCGAAGCCGACGAGGACGCGACGGACCCCGAGACGCGCGCCGACCACGACCCGACGCGGCGCGCCCACAGCGCCGAGUUCUACGCCAACGACAAGGACACGCAUGGCGCCGACGACGUCGACAUGGUUGUCGACUAG